AUAUUAUCAUAUAUGUAUACAUAUAUAUAGUCUAUAGAUAUCGAUAUGAUGGCGAAACAAAAACACAGGGAAAAAUGAUUUUGGCAUUCGUGAUGUAAACCGCGAUUUUCUGCCUUCUGGCAUUUCGCUCAUGCACAUCCAUCGCAAUUUUAAUCACUUCAUAUUUCAUCACCUACCCGGGCCUCGGAUCAUGGUCGGCCGACAAAAUUUCUGAGACUAAGGUGAAAUGUCAGCAGCUGGGAAGCAAAGUAACAACUCUGGACAAGAUGACGAAGGGGAAGAAGAAGACGACGAAGUCGGUGAUCUGGUGUCAGCCAUCAAUUACAAUACCAUUAAUUAUAACACCAUAUCUUCUAUGGCUGUGCUCAAAGAAAUACUUGGAGCUCAAGACAGCCCUGAAGAUGCUGAUUGGUUCCAGCAUUAUUUCUUACGCCACGUCAAUCGCUUGCCAUCUCGUAGCCACCAGUUUGUUGGACGACGUCUUUCUGAAUGCAAAGAAGAAGACGAACACUUAGAACAUAAUCCAAAAUCACCGGUAGCUGAUGACCAAUCAAAUAGUACUACUGUCAGUGCUAAAUCUACACCUCCUAUAUCACCCCCUUCCCAUCACAGAGAUAAACACUUCUUUGAUGUCAAUCUUGUUGAAAUGAAAUCCCAAGCAUCUUCUUCAUCUACCUUAGACUACGAUUCAAUGGAUGAAGUUUGGGUUAAGCGCUAUGAUGCAGAAACGGUAAAACGUCGAACGGAGCUCGGAUCACAGCCAUUACCUACUUCAGCAGAUGAAUCUGAUGGCCAAUGUGUAUCCAUUAAUCGACCAAGAUCUGGCACAUGGAGCAAGGGAGGUUCAGCCCCUGUACUUUUACCUGCAGUUGUUGCUGCCCUGACCAAAACUAAAAAAGGUUCAUUGGGAGUAGAACGGCGUCAGUCGGGUGAUGAUAUAUUGGCCAAAGGAACUCCAAAAGUGCAAUUGCAAAAAAAUAAAUUGCAACAACCACAGUUGCCACAACAGCAAGCGCAACACGUUUCUCAAUGUACACAAAAAAAAAUGUCUCCGAAACCUCGGACGAGCCAGUCGCCAUCUCAUACUCGUAAAACUUAUGCUCUUCUGGAUGCAUUUAGACCUCGGUCUAAGUCUGACGCUGCAUCUAAAAAGAACAACACAAUUAUGUUACAAAUGAAAAAUUCCAUUCAACAAACUCUCAAAUCGCCAGGUUCAAGUGCUCGAAAUAGUAUUAGCGGAUCAAGUUCUUCAACUGACACAGAGCCUACUAAUUCAGUACCACCUGCAACUCGUAAUCGUUAUAAGCAAACUACUGUACCUGCAAGACCACGUGCCGGUUCAGACAGCACUAGUACAAAAGGAGCUGUAUCAAAAAUGAUGGACUUGUUUCGGCAUAGAUCUCAAAGUGCUGUUUCAGCUGAAGACAAACGUAAAGCUAGGGCAGCAAAUAUUCCGCAUACGAAUUUCGCACAAGGAGCUCUAUUGCGCAGAAGUUCUCUGGAUCCUGAAACCCGCCGACUGUCUCUGGGAACUAUAUCCAAUUCGAGGAAAGGUUCUGACGGAUUAUUAGAUCCUACGCAUGCGGCAAUAUUAUUCAGAGACUCCAGAGGCCUGCCUGUGGCCGAUCCAUUUUUGGAAAAAGUUAAAAUUACAGAUUUGGCAGAAGACGAAAGUCAGAUUUUUGUGAAAUUUUUCCGUUUCCAUAAGUCUUAUGAUCUCAUACCGACUAGUGCCAAAUUGGUCGUAUUUGACACGCAGUUAAUUGUCAAAAAGGCGUUCUUCGCUUUAGUCUACAAUGGAGUGCGCGCAGCUCCUCUAUGGGACAACAAGCGCCAACAAUUCGUCGGCAUGCUGACCAUCACUGAUUUCAUCAGAAUAUUGCAAAAGUAUUACUCUACGCCGUCGUCCAGCAUGGAAGAACUGGAAGAACAUAAACUGGACACUUGGAGAAAUGAACUUCAUGAGGAACGUCCUCAGGAGUUAAUAUCUAUCGGUCCAGAUAUGUCUUUGUUUUUGGCCAUUCAAACACUCAUUAACAACAAAAUACAUCGCUUACCAGUAAUUGAUCCUCUAACCGGAGAUGUCCUAUAUAUUAUUACCCAUAAACGCAUACUGCGUUUUCUAUUUCUUUAUGUAUGUAAUUUAUUAUCAACUCUACUAUUAUUAGUGUUUUUUAUUGUUUUUUUACGGGUCUUGCAGAUUAAUGAUUUGCCAAAACCUUCUUAUAUGUCAAAAAGUCUAGAAGAACUUAAAAUUGGCACUUAUGAAAACAUAGAAACUGUAUCUGAAGAUACAUCAAUCAUUUUAGCAUUAAAAAAAUUUGUAGAACGCAGAGUAUCGGCACUGCCCAUGGUUGACAAAGAGGGCCGUCUCGUUGAUAUAUUUGCUAAAUUUGAUGUAAUUAAUUUAGCUGCUGAGCGUACAUAUAAUAAUUUAGAUGUUAGUCUAAAACAAGCCAAUGAACACCGAAGUGAUUGGUUUGAGGGCGUACAAAAAUGUCAUCUAACUGAUACACUAUAUUGUGUUAUUGAAAAGAUUGUCCGAGCAGAAGUACAUAGGUUAGUAAUUGUGGACUCAAAUGAUAAAGUCAUUGGUAUACUCUCAUUAUCUGAUAUUCUACACUACCUAGUUCUUCGACCUUCAGGAGUUGAACGUUUAUUAAAAACCAAAGAGCUAUACGAGAACAAUGCAGAUAGUCCAAAAGCUUUAAACUCAAUAAUGGAGCCGGAAUCUGCACUUGUAAUGUGAGCAAAUAAUAUUCAUUCCUGGAUGUUUCUGCCAUACAGGGCUAAACUAAUGACUUCAGAUUUCCGGAUGAUCUGGAUUACUUAUUAUUUGUACAAGUAUUAUUUACCUAUGUAGUAUUAUACGACAGCGCUUUUGAGACAUAAAUAUGUACAUACUCCAAAGUAUUAGUUGGAAAUGUUUUAUGUUUAAUGCCUUAUUUUAUUAGCAUUUUUCUCUUAAAAAAAUGAAAUAAACACUAAUCUGCAUUUAAAAAAAAAAAUUAGAUUUCUUAAAAUUGCAUGAUAAAAAGCGUUAAGUGAUUUUUUCAAAUGACCGUGUGAUAUUGUCAAAUGAAGAGCUGUUGAAAUAUUAUGUUUGUUAUUUAAUAUAUUAUAAUAGUAAUAAUAAUAUUUUUUGACUAUUUAUCUUAUAUAUAAUGUAUUACAAAUCAUUAACACAUCAAAAAUAUUUUUUCAAUAGAAAAUUACCUAGGUAUUAC